AUGUCGAGGUAUGAUCAUUUCUGUCAUACAAUAUUUAAUCAUUUAAUAUAUCAUUCGGUACCCGAUGAAUGGAGAGUAGAUCCCCUAACAACGACUGUGGAUAUUUAUCAUAGAGAUUUUGUUUUUCGUAAUGCCCGUGCGUAUGUCGAUUGUACCAAUGAUCGUAAACAAUGUUAUAUGACAGAUUUAUGUUUCAACGAACCCUUGAUUUCUGAAUUGGAAACAAAAUAUAAUUCUAAAGAGAGGGAUGGUCAUUUUGAUAUAUGUUUUUAUUUUCCGGGUUUUUACGGUAAUUUAUGUGGUAUUUUUCAUGAAGAAUGCUAUCUAGCUGUGAGACAAUUUUAUAAGGACAACGUUAAUGCUGAAGACUGCGGCUGUGUUUGUUUGGAACAUAUAGGUAGACAAAUUUUUAUACGGUGUCCCGGAGCGAUAGUAAGUCAGUGUUUAAUUAAAAUACAAGUGGAAUAUUAUAAGCGGGGUUGGAUGUCGCACCAACAUCUUCUUUUCAAAUUGGAUCACAGGGGUAAAGCUGUUUUACAAAAAGAAAAUUCUCUUUUUUUUAAAAUAGUAUUUCGGAUGAAACGGACUAUGUUGUUCAAGAACCAUGUGAAACAAUUUGUGAAGAUGAACCCCUGAUCGUAUUAAAGACUAUACAAGACGAUUAUAAGUUUUAUGAACUUUAUUUACGUGUGGCAAGAGAAAAACACUUACAGCUGGCAGGGGGUCGUCUGUACCCGAGUGUAAUACAGAAGGGUGUCGUGAAAACAUUGCCCAGUUUCUAUAUUUAUCUUAUAGCUGUGACGGGAUAUGAUAAUGGUGAUCGGUAUAUAACUAUUGGUGUUCUACAUUGGUUGUUGGGGAUUUAUGCCGAAUUGGAGAUUGAUUACCGUAUUUAUCCUGACGCGUUUAAAACACAUCCCGGAUAUCAAGUUACUCCUGUAUAUCUACCUUGUGUGACGUUUGAAAGUGUUGGUUAUCAUCUCGAUUAUACAGCAGCAGAAGAUCAACUAACAUUUUCAGAAGCAAAAGAGUUUGUUUCCGGUGUGGUUGAUACUUUAAUUACAUAUAUAUCGGAAAAUCAUAACACAGGGUAUCGGGAAGCAGCCGCGGAUUUUGAAAAAAAUCAUGGGAUAUGUAUUUCGAAACGUUUGAUGCAGAUUAUGCUAUAUCAUCACAAAUUAGUGUAUCACGUGCAGAGUUGGGUAAUUGAAAAUUGUGGUUGUUCACGAAACGAUCAAAUUUGUUUUUGCGGUUUGUUCACACAACGGGAUAUAAUUAAAUGUAAGAAAUUAUAUUUUAAAGACGCAGGACUAUUGGUUAGUGAUGAGGUGUUCUUUACCACCGCGAGAUAA